GGAGUUUUGUGGGUUUAUGAAAAUCUAUACUGUAACACCAAAAUGAUUACGGCAGCACUUCAAGGAGAUGGUGCAUUUCCAGUCAAAACUAUGGGUGACUCCGAAAACUACAACCUUAAUAAAAAGGAGUGGAUCGAUAAAAUUUUAAGAGAAAAACCGAAAGAUGUGCUAAAAACGAGGCAGAUAUACUACUCGUUGCUCAACAACGGAAAAAUGGCUGCUAAACUCAGUAAACCAAAGCAAAUAAGCAGUGACGCUUUGAUGGCUUCGAAGCGAAACAUAAUAAUGUUGCCUCUCAACUUUGAGCUAAUACCUGAUCGAAUAUUUCAUAUAAAUAAACCACCAUCAGGAAGAGAACGAUUAUAUAAACCCACCGGUAAUGAACUACAGCCAGUGAUAUCAGAAGAAUGUCAUGAGAAUACUAAUAAUAAUAAAACAGUUGUUUUUCAAUAUGAACCAAUGAUUGGAAAAUUUUUUACAGCAUCUAGAGCUAAUGGAAUAGUUGGCAAACCAAUAAAUUUAUCAAACGAUUCAAAAUUUUUAAAAUUUGAAUCACGUUUUGAAUGUGGCAAUUUAUCAAAAGCCAUAUGCACUGGUCCUUAUGAAUAUGAACUUUAUCUACGACCAGAUUUAUAUACAAAAAAGUAUACACAAUGGUUUUAUUUCCGUGUGGAAAAUACAGAGAAUAAUAAUAAUUAUAGAUUUACAAUUGUAAAUUUUUAUAAGUCUACUAGUUUAUUUGCGAAAGGUAUGCGACCAUUAAUGUAUAGUGAGAAAAUGGCUAAAUUAACUGGUAUUGGUUGGCGACGUGUUGGUACUGAUAUAAAUUAUUAUCAAACAAAAUCUAUCAAAUCGACUGACAUUAAACAGUCACAACCACAAUCACAACAACCUCACCAACAACCGCAACAACAACAGCCACCACCAUUGAAACAUAAAUCAUCAAAAGAUGAUACACUUAAAUCUCAAUGUACAUAUUCAUUAACUUGGACAUUUAAAUUCCCUUAUACAAAUGAUAUUGUUUAUUUUGCUGCAUGUUAUCCAUAUACUUAUACACAAUUGAAAGAAUAUUUAUAUAAAUUAACGCUGAAUACAUCAAUUAAGAAAAUUUGUCAACAAACUAUACUAUGUUAUACAUUAGCUAGUAAUCCUGUACCAUUGUUAACAAUUACAGAACCGGAUAAUGAUGAUGAUGCAGAUGGGGAUGGGGAUGGGGAUGAAGGGGAUGAAAAUAAUAAUAAUAAUAAUAAUAAUAGUAAUGAUCAACUUCUGAAUGAGACAGAUUUUCAAUCACAAUCCACUGAUGAUGAUAGCAAUAACAAUAAGCCAACAGAGAAGAAACGUUGUGUUGUCAUUACAGCCCGCGUACAUCCAGGUGAAACACAAGGUAGUUGGAUGAUGAAAGGUUUAAUGGAUUUUUUGAUAAGUACAGAUCCAGAUGCUAAAGUAUUACGAUCGAAUUUUGUGUUCAAAUUAAUUCCAAUGUUAAAUCCGGACGGAGUGAUUGUAGGAAAUUAUCGUUGUUCAUUAUCAGGUUGUGAUUUAAAUCGAAAAUAUACAUCUACUUUAAAACAUUUUUUUCCUACAAUUUGGCAUACAAAACAAAUGAUUAUAAAUGUCAUGAAACAAUAUGAAGUGGUUGUUUAUUGCGACUUGCAUGGACAUAGUCGAAAACAACAAAUGUUCAUCUAUGGAUGUCAAAGUGAAACACCGGAAACAAAAUAUUAUUCACGUAUAUUUCCUGCAAUGUUAAGUAAGAAUAUACCAGAAUUAAUGAUAUGA